AUGGAGGCUUGUGCGGGCCAAGCUAGCAGCGCGCACAUCGUCCUGGUGCACGGCGCAUGCCUCGGCGGCUGGUCCUGGUUCAAGGUGGCGACGCGGCUCAGGUCGGCCGGGCACCGCGUCAGCACGCCUGACCUCGCGGCGUCCGGCGUCGACCCCAGGCCGCUGCGCGAGGUGCCGACGUUCCGCGACUACACCAAGCCGCUGCUGGACCUCCUGGAGUCCCUCCCGCCGGGCGAGAAGUUCGUGGAGGGGAGAACGCUGGACUGGAUGGACACGGAGUUUAAGCCUCAAGAUCCCGAGGGCAAGCUGCCCACUUCCAUGCUGUUCGGGCCGCUGGUCACUCGUGCAAAGUUCUUCCAGCUGUGCUCGCCGGAGGACCUGACGCUGGGACGAUCCCUGAUGAGGGUCAGCUCCAUGUUCGUGGACGACCUGAGACUGCAGCCGCCGCACACCGAGGCCCGCUACGGGUCGGUGCGCAAGGCGUACAUCGUCUUCAAGGACGACCACGCCAUUGUCGAGGCGUUCCAGCGGUGGAUGGUGCACAACUACCCCGUGGAUGAGGUGAUGGAAAUCGACGGCGCGGACCACAUGGCGUUGCUCUCGACGCCGACCGAGCUGGCGCGCUGCCUCGCUCACAUCGCUGUCAAUAUGUUUCAGAGACUUCUACUGCACCCUAUAUUAGAGACGGAUGAUGCAUAUACUGAUCGUGGUGCAUGUAACUUAGUGACCGAGCAAUAUACUCCCUAUAAAGUUGGCACCUCAAUCUGCUUGGAGCACCUUAAUCUGCUUGGAGAUGGACCAGUGAAAGAUGGUGGAGACGUCACAUAUGAGUGCGUCAGACCGGUUUAUGCCCCAGACCCGGUAUGUGUAUACCUAAACCAUUUCUGUACAUCUCCGGUGCUCCACGUCCGCAGUGCUCCUAUUCUGAAGGGGUAUGUUUACACUCCAUCAGGGUUCAUGCUCUGUCCCAAUCGAUGCAAUUCCAUAUAA